AUGUGGGCAAUUUUACUCAUUUCUUUUCUUUUUCAAUCGUUCAUUUUGGCGAAAGAUGGGCCGAUUGUUGAGACGAAAUAUGGAUCGUUGCAAGGCUUAGAAGUGGCGGCAAAAGAUGGCUCGAUGGCGAACGUUUUUCUCGGAAUUCGAUACGCGAAUGCGCCUGAUAAUAUUUAUCGAUUUGAGAAACCUCACAUUGUCGACAAUUGGGCCCCGAUUUUACAUCAUGCAACCCGUUUCCGAGCCUCGUGCAUCCCCGUUCAUGACGCUCACGUGAGAAACGAUAUCGACUUCAGUGAGGAUUGUCUAUUUUUGAACAUCAUGACGCCAGCAGAAAGGUCGGGCUCUCUUCCCGUUCUCGUUUUCAUUCACGGUGGCGGCUACGAGGUCGGAAAUGCGCACGAGUACGGCUAUCAACGUCUGGUCGACCAUUUUGUCACAAAGGGAAUCGUCGUUGUCACUCUCCAAUAUCGACUUGGACCACUUGGUUUCUUUUCACUCGGCGAUCAGAAUGUUCCCGGAAAUAUGGGACUUUGGGAUAUGGCAACUGCUUUGGAAUUUCUCCAAGAUGUUUUGCCAGUUUUCGGAGGCGACAAUGAGAGGAUUACUGUAUCCGGUCACUCGGCUGGAUCAGCCGCCGCUUCUGCGCUCACCUUUUCACCACAUGCUGACGUUUAUUUCCAUCAAACAAUCGAGUUCUCUGGGUCGAUGUUCGCUGAAUUCGCUCUAUCCGACUUGGUUGUUGAAGAAUCCUACGAGCUAGCGAAAGUGGUUGGUUGUCGAAAAAAUGAUCACCGAGAGACGGCGAAAAUCCUGGAGUGCAUGAAGGAGAGAACGAUACAAGAGAUCCUUGAUGGAGUCGAGAAGAUUGGUGCAGCUCGCGAGCAUCCGAAUUUUCUGAAAUUCCAUCCGCGGAUCGACGGGGAAUUCUUCCCAUAUCCUCUCGAGCAAAUGCUCAAAUCGGCUCAGCCAAAACCAGUGCUUUCCGGCUUCACCGAUACCGAAUCGGGGAUUUUCGUUGAGGGUUUCGAAGGUUUCCCGGCAUUCAACGGAGUGGCCAUUCCAAAAGAGAAACGAGCUGAUUACUCGGAGAAAGAUCUUCACGAGUUUAUCGCUCAAAAAGUGGCUACUGAACCGGAAUAUGGCAGAAAAAUGGGUCCUUUCGUCGAGCUACUUGACGAGUAUUACAUUCGACGAAUGGCUCCUUCAAGCCCGAACAAUCGCUUUUAUAUGCAUCGGUACACAGAACUACUCUCCGAUCUGCAAUUUGUCGUCCCAGCACUUCACGAUCUCGAGUUGAGACGCUUGAAUAAUUGGCCGAGUUGGUUAUACGUGAUCACCUAUCAAUCAUCUUUGGAAAGGAGACUGAAUCGAACGAUUGAUGGCGCUUGGCACGCAACCGAGUUGAAAUAUCUCUUUGACUUUAUGGGAAUCAAAGAGGAUUUCUUCUCGGCUGAAGAUCUCGAAUUUCAGAAGAAUUUUGUUGAUUCCUUGGCGGCUUUCAUCAAGAAUGGAGACCCAUCAACACCAGCUUUCAAAUGGAACCCAGUCUCAAAGGAUCAGCCGUGGACGUAUGCCGAGUUUGGCUCGACUCCAAAAAUGGUCAAGGAAUACAACCAGGACACAAUCGAUUUCUGGCUGAAUCGUGUGCCGAAAGCGAUUGGGGCGCAGAAUUUGCAGCGAAAUCGUCUCCCCGGCGCGCAUGCUCAUCACGUUCACUCUAAUGUUCACACCGAACUC